AGCAUUUAAUCCUGAGGCACUCCAAAAAGUAUGAGCUAGAAAGGAGGGGUAAGAAGGGGCCGGAGAAGGGUGGAAAGGCAGUUUUCACUCUUUCAACAUUAAACCAGAGGGAUCUGGAGCACAGAUGGCACCCUGCGGUCCUUCUGAACAAGCUGCGAGUCGCUGACCAUGCCCAAGAUGGAGUUCCCGAAGGUCCUCCCCAGCCAGCGGGCCUUCAUAUCUGCCAUCCUCAACAUGCUAUCACUCAGCCUCUCCACAACAUCCCUGCUCAGCAGCUACUGGUUUGUGGGCACACAGAAGGUGCCCAAGCCCCUGUGCAGAAAAGGUCUGGCAGCCAAGUGCUUUGACAUGCCGAUGUCCUUGGUUGGGGACAACACCAACACAUCAACCCAGGAGGUGGUGCAGUACAGCUGGGAGACUGGGGAUGACCGAUUCUCCUUCCACACCUUCCACAGUGGCAUGUGGCUAUCCUGUGAGGAAGUCAUGGAAGAAUCAGGGGAGAGGUGCCGAAGUUUCAUUGAACUCACACCACCAACCGAGAGAGGUGAGAAAGGACUACUGGAAUUUGCCAUGUUGCAAGGCCCACGUCACCCCACUCUCCGAUCUGGAGGGAAGCGGUUGAUGGAGAAGGCUGUUCUCCCCCACGUCCCCUUGGGGCUUGUGGCAAGGAUCCUCUGGUUAUCGCUGGGAGCCCAGGUCACCUACAUUGGACUUCAAAUCACCAGCUUCCUCCUGCUACUAAUGGAUUUGCUAUCCACUGGGAACCCUGGCUGUGGGCUCAAGCUGAGCGCCUUCGCUGCUAUUUCCUCCGUGCUGUCAGGCCUGCUGGGGAUGGUGGCCCACAUGAUGUAUUCACAAGUCUUCCAGGCAACUGCCAACUUGGGUCCAGAGGACUGGAGGCCACAUGCUUGGAAUUAUGGCUGGGCCUUCUACACGGCCUGGCUCUCCUUCACCUGCUGCAUGGCGUCUGCUGUCACCACCUUCAAUACGUACACCAGGAUGGUACUGCAGUUCAAGAGCAGGCACAGUAAGAGCUUCAAAGACAAUCUGAGUCGCUGCCCACACCACCACCAGUGUUUCCUUCAGCAGCUGUCAUCUGCUGCCCAGUCAGGGGGGCCUUUGACUGGCUACCACCAGUACCAAAAUCAGCCGGUCCACUCUAUCUCUGAAGGAGUUGACUUCUACUCAGAGCUACCAAACAGGGGACUUCAGCAAGGGACCAGCCAGGGGCUAAAAGAAGAGGUCACUGGGUCAUCUGUAGAGGAAGAGCAGUGUUAGGAAUAAGUGGGUUUGGAGUGCAGGCUAAGCCCUACCUUACAUGUUUGUUAUCAACAUGUGCUUAAGCC